AGGAGGAUGAGGCUCGCGUGUCCUGGAAGUUCUCAAUCCUCAUGGUCGCCUUGUUGGUGUAUACCGCCUUUUGCGCAGUAGUGGUCUACUUCAAGGCCUACGUUUUACCCGUGGCUGUAGUCGCUGUCCUCUUGCCCUUGGGCCUCUUCUUACUGACUGCCAGCGGGGCGCCCUCAGCGAGGGCGGCCACCGGCCGGCCUUUGCUUCAAGAGCAGCCGCUGCACAGCAGGGAGAUUUCGGAGCGUCCAAACGUCUCUGCUUGGGAGAUGCUGCUGAAGUUAGACUUCUACUUGCUGUUCUUGGCGUUUGUGGCGAUCCAGGGUGCUGGACUGUGCUUGUCCAACAACUUCAGCCAGAUCGUUAAGGCUGUCUCAAAGAACCCAGCUGCAUCCAGCGUGGGCUAUCUCACCGUUUUCUCCAUCUUCAACACCUGCGGGCGGAUCUUCAUUGGCUUCGGUUCGGAGUCCUUGAAAGCUCGAGUGAAUCGUCCUUGGUUCUUGGCCAUCUCAGCCACGUUGAUGACCUUGGCCUUUCUGCUCCUCCAUUUGGGAGAGGCGCUGCUGGCGGUCUCCGCCGCCUUGGUGGGCUUCGCCCUGGGCGGCAGCUUCGCGCUGCAAGCGGUCUUGGUGGAGGAGGUCUUUGGACCCAAGGAGAUGCCGAUCAAGUAUAGCUACAUCUUUUGCGCUCCUUUCAUCGGCUCGAUGGUGAUGAGUGACCUGCUGGCUGGCUUCCUUUAUGAUAUGGAGGCCCAAAAGCAAGGCCGAGCCAUUUGCCUGGGUGCGCGCUGCUUUGGCGUCACCUUCACGGUCACCGCCACCUGCAACUUCUUGGCGGCGCUCGCCAUUCUCACGGUGGCCCUCAGGGCCUCCCACACGUACGCCAUCCUGAACCCAGUGCUGCAAGAGCGUGGCGUGGUGUCCACGGAGGCUGCCAGGCUUUGAGAAGCAA